GUUUUGUUUAUUUGUGAGUCUCGAAUUGACUGAAGAAAUGCCUGAAACCAAAGCUCCGAAGAAAGGCGCCAAGAAAGCCGUGUCCAAGGCCAAGGGCACCAAGAGGCGCAGGAGGUCGAGGAAGGAGAGUUACUCCAUCUACGUCUACAAGGUGAUGAAGCAGGUUCACCCCGACACCGGCAUCUCCUCCAAGGCCAUGGGCGUCAUGAACUCGUUCGUGAACGAUAUUUUCGAGCGCAUCGCGCGCGAGGCUUCCCGCCUGGCCCAUUACAACAAGCGGUCGACCAUCACCUCUCGGGAGAUCCAGACCGCCGUGCGCCUGCUGCUGCCCGGGGAGCUGGCCAAGCACGCCGUGUCGGAAGGGACAAAGGCGGUCACCAAGUACACCAGCUCCAAGUGAAACUCUAUCAACUAAACAAACCGAAAACAACGGCUCUUUUAAGAGCCACUCACACUUUCCAUGGAAGAGUUAUAUUAAUGCUUCAUUUGAUUGCAACGAACUUGUCUUCGGGGUUUUUUACCGUCGCAGGUAAUUCUAUUCCUGUUUGUAAAAAAAAAUAAUUUUUCUACUGUUCGGGAAAAUCACUCGUAAUUCCCAGCUCACGGCCAUUUUGCCCUCUCACUUCCGUAUUUUUAUCGCCAUUUUGUGUCUCACACAAAGCUUUAGAGCCGAUGAAAGAUUUUUGCUGUCGUUGAUACUAAAUUGUUUUGAAUGUUAUAUAUUAACUGCAGUACCCCUGUUUGUAAAAGACCUGAAUCCGAUUUCAACUCGAUAUUACAAGUUUCACUCACGGUCCUUUCACAGAACAACUAACGCUAGUCUCUGCUUCGACUGCAGUUGUGACUCGUCUAUAACCGGUUGCGUUGUACAUAACCCUACCGCGUUCUGUGAAUCGGCGUUUAUUCCCAUCGGAAAUAAAAAUUAAAAUCAAAUGAUC